CCAACAGAGGAAGAGUGAUAUCUCAAUUACCUCCUCACUGAACUGUCGAUUUGUCUUUGGAACUCUGGGAUUCAUUCUUAUUCAAGAGGAAUCAACCCAUUCUUCAUCAUCACAGACUUAUCUUUUUGUUUUAUCCUGAAGAGGAUUUGUACAGAAACCUGGUGAAAAACCAAGCCGAGAGAGAGAAAUCUCUGCCUGAACAACAGCACCUGCUGCUCUCUUUCAACAUCAGGAAAAAACCUGCAGCGCACAAAAAAAAAGGAGAGAGGAGCGCUAGAGCGAGGAAGACACGUAGUGGAGGUGGUUUAACUCCCUGUUGAGCAUUCGACCACCUACCAGCCACUAAUCUCUACCACAACCUACCACAUUAAUAAAGUAUAACCUCAGUUUGAGCGAGCAGGAGAGCACCUUAAAGGAUUUGGGACCAACAGUCUGUGUGAUGAUGGCUUGGCUCCAGCUGUGGACUAUGGGGCUUAUGGCCAUUAUGUCAGUCUCUCUGGCUGUUGCUGAGGAUUCUGGCCUUCAGGCGGUGGAAGGCCACGUUGAGAUCGUGAAGAAGGAGACCCAUCCUGUCCUGAUCAGGCAGAAGAGAGAUUGGAUCUGGAACUCUCUCUAUGUGGAAGAGGAGAAACCUACGCCCAUCGCCUACAAGAUAGGACAGCUGAAGUCGAGUCAGAGAGUGGGGGUGAACAGCUUUAAGAUAGAAGGUGAAGGAGCAAACACCAUCUUCACUGUGGAUUCAAAGGGAGACCUGUUCGUCACCAGAUCUCUGGACCGAGAGGAGAAGAGCGCGUACCAUUUGACGGCCACGAUGUACGAUGGGAACAACAAGUUGAUAGAGGAUUCUGGAGACUUUGUUGUCCAGGUGACGGAUAUCAAUGACAACACCCCAGUUUUUCCCAGAACAUAUAAUGGAUCCAUUCCGGAGAGGUCGACAAUAGGAACUAAAGUGGUUGAGGUGAGGGCAACCGAUGCGGAUGACCCCACCACUGCUAACGGAGAGCUCCGGUACUCUCUGACCUCAGACGGAGACCUUUCUACCUUCGCAAUCGACAGCAUCACGGGUGUGAUCAGCUGCAAGACAAACACUCUGGACCGAGAAACCAAGAGUCAGUAUGUAGUGGUGGUUAGAGCUCAGGACAUGAGAGGAAUGGCCUCUGGCAGCACAUCCACCACCUCUGUCAACAUCACCAUCACCGACAUCAACGACAACAUUGCUUCUUUCACCCGAAGGAUAUAUGAACUGCAAGUUCCAGAGGACCACAAGUUAAAUGAGAUGAUUGGCACUCUGGAGCUGAACGACAGAGAUCAGUUUCAGAACAAAGAGCCCGUCUUCAACCCUCUAACUGAAAAAAUGUUUGGCAUUGAACUCAGCAUCCCCAACAAGGACGCCAACCUCAUGCUCAGACAGGCUCUGGACUACGAGAUAAAGAACAGCUACACUUUCAAUGUCCAGGUGCGAGAAAGCCUGAAUAACCUGCGUUCACCUGCGGACAACGUGAACAGUGCAGUGACCACAGCACAGGUGAACAUCAAAGUGGUGGAUGUAGACGAGGCUCCAGUCUUCCCGCAGCUCAUCUACAAGUUCACUGUGCCGGAGGAACAUUUUGUGAACAACAUAGGAACAGUCACAGCCAGAGAUCCUGACAAGGCCAACAAGAGCAUUCGAUACUCCAUCUUAGAUAAGGACUGUCCUAUCGGUAUCAACCCGUUAACCGGUCAGCUGUCCACCCUGAGGAUGCUGGACAGAGAGAUGGAGGCCACACACAUGUUUCAAGUUAAAGCACAGGAGGAGCCAAGUGGUUUGGAGUCUUUUGUGAAGGUCAACAUUACCGUUCAGGACAUCAACGACAACAAACCUGAACUGACUGUGGAUGAGAUCUUUGUAUGUGAGAACGACCUCACUGACACGGUGAUCGGAACCUUGCGAGCCACAGAUAAAGACGACCAGCCGGCUUCCUUCAGUUUCAGCCUGGCCAGUGAGAGCUCCAACUUCUCCAUCAAAGCUCAUGGCAACAGCACAGCAGACAUCACGGUGAAACAGGGGCCGUUCAGCCUGGAUGACUCCAAGGAUUACAGCGUGGAUGUACGCAUCAGUGACGGAGGGCAUCCCCCCAAGACCAGCAUCACCAAGCUGGCAAUCAAGUCGUGUCGGUGUGAUGCCAGGCGGAUUCCUACGCAGUGCAAAGCUGGCGCUCGGAGGAUGGGAGUGAGCGUUCACGCCCUGAUAGCCAUUCUGCUCUGCAUACUGACCAUACUGGUCAUAGUGAUCCUGUUUGUGAUGAGGAAACGCUACCAGAAGGAUUCUCUGGCCAGUCUGAAGCACAGCGGGGAGAUUCACGAGCAGCUGGUCACAUACGAUGAGGAGGGAGGAGGAGAGAUGGACACUAAUGGCUACGAUGUCUCGAUCCUCUCUUCCGCCUGCCACGACGGCUCCCUGCUCCGUCACCCGGACCGCCACCCUCAGCCCCACCCCUCUCUCUACGCCAUGGUGCAGAAACCCCACCACCACGCACAACCCACCGCGUGUAAGGGCGACAUGGCCGUGAUGAUCGAGUCGAAGAAGGACGAGGCGGACCACGACAGGGACGGCUUCCCCUACGACACCCUCCACAUCUACGGCUACGAGGGACCCGAGUCUUUAGCCGGAAGCCUCAGCUCUCUGGGAAGUUCCUCCACGGGUUCGAACAUGGAUUACGACUUCCUGAGCGACUGGGGGCCGAGGUUCAGAACCCUGGCCGAGCUGUACGGUGUGGACGCACCUGACUACUACCAUCAGUACUGAUGGAGACCAUCUGCUAAUAAGCAUAAAAAGGAUGCCAAAAUACACAAACACACAUCUAAAAGAGCCAUAAAAACACACUCACACAUAGCCAAACGUAUGUAGGAAAUAUACACACUCACACCUGUAGAACCAGGCUUUGACGCCGUCCAUUUUGUUUCUUUCCAAGAGCCUCAGUUUUGGUUUUUGGAAAGCAAUUUUUUGGACAAUAUGGUGCCCUUUGUGUCCUCCUCCUCUGAGGAAAAGAUUUUAAAGUAAGCAACACCAGGACAUGACGCCAUAGGAGAAAGAGAAAACUAACUGCCUCACAGAUGUGCAAGAGGAUUGAUUGUUGGCGACAGCGUGAGAUCCACAACGUGAGGAUGCUUUUUUUAUUGCCGUCACAGUGUCGUGAAGUGUGACAUCGUAACCCUUUUAUAUCACCUUAAAAAGAUCUGAUAUCCAAUCAGACGACGCUCCCUCUGCGGGCAAUCAGAGUGUAUGAUUGAUGGUUAAUCGGGUCACUGCUGGCCAGCAAUGUUGUUGUCCGUUUGCCUUCAGUUUAUGUCUAAAAGCACCAUUUUGCAUCCCCUUUUUACCACCAGUGACUGUUUUGCAGAUUAAGUUUUGUACCAUGUCUCGUUUAAAAUGUGUUAUUUGUACGCGCCUAUAAUCAUUUACACAUACCCUCCACUAAUGAUGCAUAUUUCUUAAUAUAUGCAUAGUCUACAUUUGGAGCUAAACACACAUGGCCUACAUUUACAAAAACAACAACAACAAAAAGAACUAAAGUAUGCAUAGUCUUAUUAAAUCAAAUGUUUACAUUAACUAGUCAUCUGGAUAUGAGCUCAUUUAUGUUUAUCUAUAUAUAAAGGCUUUUUAAUAUCAAUAAAAGUUUAUUUCUGACCUACUGGGGAUGCAAAAUGGUGCAUUUUAAAACCAGUCCUUGUUGAUUUGAGAUUUUUACCAUAUUUUUUUCUGUCCUCUGCUUCUCUUUCAUAUCGACGGCCUGUAAUCUCUCUGAACUUUGAUGUUCUUUAUUUUUUAUUUACUAGACAAAAGGGCCAUGAACACGGUGAGAACAGGGUGAUUUUAUUUUUUAUCUGAGGUUGAUGAUUUUAUUUGUAAAUAAGAUAUCGCUUCAGGGGUUUAUUGUUUGAGGUGAAAAACUGAGCAGCCGCAAGAGUUUUAACUCAAAGAGGCUUGAAGUGUUUGAUCACAGCGGGAUACCAGCAGUGUUUGCUUUAUCUGAAAUACUGGAAAGAGUUGUCUUUAAGGAAAGUUCAAGUCUGGAAAACUCACAACACAACAUCAGGUGUUAGUUGUCUGAAAAAGUUUAGAAAGCUGCACAAAACGUUCUUGAUAUUUAUCACACACAGUUUUUUCAAGGUAGAAACCCUCUCUUUGUUUCCUGAAACCAACCAUCUGAUACGAACGAGGAGUCAUUUUCUAAGGAAGUCAUUUUCUUCUGCUCCGAGGAGAGAAAAGACAACAGACAGACGGAUUGAAAGGAAACGACACUACUGCCGCUCAGACAGAAUUACAGCAUGUUUCCUAGGUCUUAUUUGACAGAACUUAUCAUCACAGUUAUUGUUGUGAUGAAAGCCCAAUUCUCAGAGGCCUACUAGAACAAAAGUCAUUCAGACAACUCAGGAAACGCCGAGCGGCAAAAGCUGCCAGUCGGGCCGUUGUGAUGGCUCGAAUAACUUUAACCUCUCAUCCUUUUGGCUACUGGCAGGUCAGAAACUCUCCGAUCCAACAUCCCAAAAGAAAUCUCUGUCAUAUUUACAGAAAAAAAAGCACCAUUGAUCAUUCACAAACAAAGCUUGAAUCCUUUGAAAGACCUGGAACUAUUUAUUUACUGUAGUUUGUGUCAUCUUCUAAUGAGGCAGAACAUUACUUAUUGAUAUGAGAAUGAGUCUACUCAUUUACAUUAUUAGGCUACAGUGUCUCAAACAACCAAAAUAUGGAUACAUACAAUACUUUUACUUUGGCUCAUGCUUAUUGUCAACAGGACAGUCCACCCAAUGCAAAAAACAAAAAAACAUGCUCUUUGGAGCUCAUCUUCAUUUUGCAUUAUUUUUGAUUACUGUAUGACUUUUUGUGGAUUAAGCCUAAAAGUUAUAAAUAUUCCAUUUUCUCAUCUUGAAUAUUUAUCUAUGAAAUGUCUAAAAAAGUGCCAAGAUGAGCCCAUUGAGCCCAAGAUUCUCCCUGUUUUGUGUGACCAAAAAAAUGUAUGGAGAUAUUCAAUUUGCAAUAAUAUAAAACUAAAAAAAGCAGCAAAAAACUUACAUUUAUGAACCUGAACAACAGCAACAUGUUUGUCAAAAUGAGCUUGAGCAGCUUGACCCAUUCAUUAGUCAUGGGUUAUUCCAUACAAAGAUCAUUAUCAUAUGAUGUAUAUUUGCAGGAACAACUGCGCCCAUGCACUGUUUGAACCCUCGCUAUCAGUGACUCAGUAGCAUUUAAACAAUACCUACAGACAUUUUGGCUUAUUGUGUCAAUGAAAGCUUUGGAGGUACAGUAAAUCAUUCAUAAAAGGUCACUGCAGCUGCUCAUAAAUCAGUUUGCUUUACAGUAAAGUGGUGCCAAUUCCCAUUCAAAUAGUCCAGUUGACAAUUAAAUAUUUAAAUAGAUUGUUCUGCUGAAGACACAGCCACAUGUCCUUGGGAACGUCCCUUUGUUUUUUUAAACGUGAUUUCAUUCCAGUUUAGAUAUCUAUAGUUUAUUUAUUCUCCUGUUUAUUCUGUUUUGUUUGGACUUGAAGUUGUUUCUUUAAAGCUCCUUAGAAUGCCGAGUGAUAAACGUCGGAUACAAUAGCUGGAAGCCCUCUCCAUGCUUUCCUGUUGGGUUCUUACAUAUAUUUAAACUCAGAGCAGCCAGUUCCUCCACCUCACUAUCGGUCUUUCUCUCGUUCUCCGACUCUCCUUGUUUGCCUCACCGUAUCUCGACCACACCGUCCUCUCUCGUCGUCCUCUAAUCAGCUAAACCAAACAGCGGAGUCAACUUCCUGUCCAUGUUGGGGGGGGAGUUUGCUCCCGCCCCUUCCUGUCCGUGUUAUCUCUCCCGUGGGCCAACACAUUGUGCUCACUUCCCGUUAGCAAGGCCUGGGAAAACAACCUUGGAGAGGAAAAGGGAGCGAGGCAAGGAGAAACAUCGGAUGACAAGAAAGCAAGGAGGAAAGACGAAGAGAACAAUGUGGAGCAGUGAUGAGUUUUCCAGCUGAGCAGAAACACUUUAGAGCAAAGAUGUGUGUGAUGAGACGCUGAGACACAUGGCACGUAAAAGAGGUGUUAACAUCCUGUUUGUGCAGCAACGCCAAACGCAACCUUCACAAAUCAAUAAAGAUUAGCCCCAGUUGAAUCUUAAAUUCAUGAUAGACAACUCCUCACUUUGUUGGCUCCGAGUGACAGAAAAUUUGUACAUCUUGUUUCUUCAAUACAUUUUUUAAAGUUUGCACUGAUGAAUACAGUCGAUCAUAAGCAGAACAUUGCUUUUGCAACCUAGUUGCCAUUUUUUGGGGGGGAUUCUACAUUUCUGCAAACCACGAGACACGUUGAGUGCUCACUGUCUCUGAACCGAAAUACAUUUCAUGAACACGACUCAUUUCAGCCUGGUAUCAAGCUUGUAGAAACGCGAAAUUAUGUUGUUAACUUUUGAAACAAACGGUAAGGUUAAAGCAACAAAACUACUUGGUUACGGGCAUAAAUAAGAUCAUUGUUGUGUUAAAAUGUUAUUGUUAAAAUAUAACAUAGCAACUUAACAUAACAACUUAACAUAACAACGUAACGUAGCUAUGUUAAGUAACAAUGUAACGUAACAAUGUACUGUAACAGUUUUUUAUUUAUGCAAUGUAGCAUAAAUAC